AUGAGUCACCCUAAUCCUGCGGGGAACGGUUGCUCUCUCGAGGAUUGCUACACAAACCUUUUUGCCUUGACUGACCUCUGUGGUAUAAAAUGGCGUAAGUUGAACGCAGACAAUGUGAUUGUGGAACCACUGGAUGAUCCAGUGUUAGACUCCUACUCGAGGUGCAUCCAGGCAGACAUCUUGUGUGUCUGGAGAAGAGUGCUGCGCAAUCCAGAGCAGCGCUUGACUGAUCAUUUAGCCUACAGUAAGGAAUUGUGGAUCUUUUGGUAUGGGGAUGAACCCCUCAGCCUUGACACCCUCCUUUCCCCCAACCUCAAAGCCCUGCUUUGGUGGCCUGACCCUCCUCCCCACUUUUCCUUUCCUUUGGCUUUUCUUUUUUGUUCAUCUACUGCUACCACACUCUACAUUUCCACCCGGGUACGCGCCAACACUCCCACCUUCUUGUUGUUUAUGGACCCACGCAGCCAGUGGCAGAGAGUGAAAGAGAUGACAUAUAUUGUUUGCCGUGCGUGUGUGGAUGCUCCCCUCCCUUGGCUUUUGUCUAUGUCGAUUUAUGCUCAGCACCUAAAGUGGCCCGGACACAUGGAUUUUCCUCCAUUAUUAUUAAUUAUUCGCCGCCCGCUCGUCAUUCUGCUGAGCCUCUCCUCCACUUGUCUUUAUACCCUUUUAACUUUGUUGCUCUCUUUCUCUCUCGACCGGCCUCCACACUUUCCAGGUCUUCUACUGCCGCCUUUUUUUCCCCUCUCUCUCUCGAGCCACUUGCCUGCUAACUUCACCAUCUCUCAUCGCUAUCAACACUCGACAACGACUACGACCCACAAUAUCUCCCCCCUAUAUACCACUCCCUCACAUUGUCCUCUUUAA